GCUGUUUGUCAAAUUGUUGGGUUAGCGGUUCAGUGUUUAUAUUUUCUUUUAAAUACAUAGAUAAAGUUAGUACAAGAUAUACAAAGUUACAACAUGGGUGAUAGGUAUAACAUCCACAGUCAAUUGGAGCAUCUCCAAUCAAAAUACAUUGGUACUGGUCAUGCUGAUACUACAAAAUACGAAUGGCUGGUAAAUCAACACAGAGACAGUUGCUCCAGUUAUUUGGGCCACCCAGAUUUGCUCAACUAUUUUGCGAUUGCUGAGAAUGAGGCAAAGGCUAGAGUCAGAUUUAAUUUGAUGGAGAAAAUGCUUCAGCCUUGUGGACCACCCCCAGACAAACCAGAAGAUUAAGUAUAUUCUUUAUAAUUUAUUAAAGACAAUUUUUUG